AUGUCUGGUGGAUCUAAGAUUUCUGACCCAAUUAAUCAGACCACAAGAUUAAAAGAACAAAAUUUUGAUAUAGAAAAAAACUUCAAAUCUUCUAAAGAUUCAACCAAUCAUAAUAACAAUAACCACAAUAAUCGGAGUUGGAACUGGUUUGGUAACAGUCUGAAAACUCUUAGGAAUGGUCUCUAUAAUGGUUUUCAAACAACAAAAAAUUCUCUUUCAACUACUUUAAACAAUGCAUAUUCAAAUACUUUAAGCACACUAUCAUAUACAGUAGAAAUAUUGAAGAAUCCAAUAAUUUUGAUCAAUACUAUAUUUGGUCUUAGUUUAAUAUCUAUCCUAUUGAUAGGAUAUAUUAAGUAUGAAAAACGAUUUUUAAUGGGGAAACCAAAUUCAUUUAUUUGGACUUGUCUAUUCGGCAGUACUGCCCUCCUUUCUGUUGAUUGUUAUCUGCUUAAUGAAUAUUUUAUCAAAAAAACUUAA